UUUCAAGAUGAGUAACUUCCAACAACGCUUUAAGGAGAAAUAUAAUAUUGACGCAUUUAAAUUUACAGAGGAGAACUCUACAGACGGGCAAGCAAAUGACCUCCAUUUAAUGCAGGAAGGAUAUCAGAAGAAUAUCUUCUCUUGUAGUAUGGGCACUCCGAUAAGUGAAAGAUCAAUGAAACUUAAACAGAAAAAUCAUAGUUAUUCUGGAUCAGAUGCUAAUAACAAUCACAAGGCUAGUGAGAGUGAUGAAGAUCCCAAGGAACUUGAGGUUCUACCUCAUUUUCAGAUUGAAAGUAAAAUAAUGCAAGCAAGUGAGCUAGUUAAGAACAAUUCUAAAAUUAAUCAACAUCAGAGACCUCCUUUGCAUGCUAAGACACAUAAAAAUUUUCAAAGUUUCCAUCAGAAUGAAGGGAACUACUUCACUGAUAAUACUCAUAAAUCAGAUGUCUCCCCAAUCCUACCUAAUGAAGUCUCACAAAGUCAACAAAAGACUUUAAUCAUUGCUCCUAGAAUAUUUUCUUCAGCAAGGAAGGAUGAAAACCUAAAUCUAAUUUCUGAAAGGAAUGCUCCUGAAGAAUGAUCUCGCAGCGUGAUAGAUGGGGAUGUCCCAGAGGUCUAUUUUCAUAGGGAGAAGAAGCCUUCACAAAGCCAAAUAGGCUCUAAAAGAAAUUCCUCAGUACAACUAGACAAGAUGAAUAAGAGCUAUCUUAGGAGAAUUGUUAUGGAAGAUGAUAUCCUUGAGACCAAUGAAGAUAAGAUAGACUUUCUCAUAGGGGAGAUAGAAGUAGCCAACACCAAGAUCUCCAAACUUAUGGACAUUAUUAACAAUCAAGAAAAUGCAUCUGUUGGUUCAAAUCAAUCAAAGAGAAGCCAGUCUAGAGAUAAAAGAAAAGAAAGACUGGCAAGGACUCUUGAUAGUGAGCUUAGGAUUCAUCAGAAAGACUCUUUUAGAGUACAAAAAGCUAGCCAAGAUUCCUUAAAAGAAGCUAAGAAAAUGAUUACAGAGCCAAUGACUCCAAAGAUCCCUGAUGAUCUCUAUCAGUACAAGAUACAGAUCGAGAAUUUAACUAGAGAGAACAAACAUCUAAAAGAAAUUAUUAAGAAGCGAACUGAAGAUGCAAAUGAGACAAUAAUAAAAUUAGCUAAAAUGAAAUAAAGAAGCUGAAGCUCAAAAUAUGGAGUACUUAAAAACAAUUCAGAUGCUUGUUCAGAAUCAAAAGACAUUGCAACUACAGGUUGAAAAUAGGUCAAAAUCAGGUCCAAAGCAAUCAAAAUCCCAUCAAAAACUGUCAAUGGAACUGAAGGCAGCUCAUGAUAGAUUAAAGAUCCUGCAGAAGGAGAAGAUAAGUGUUGAAAAAGAAUACUCUAAAGCCCUUGAAAUUAACCAACAGCUGAGUGAGAUUAUCAGGUUCAGGACUGCUAAAUAAGUUUCAAUUAUUUUUCCUUCA